ACGGCUGACGGGUGCGAGGAUGGCAGCACAAGAUGCUCAGUAACGAAAACAGCGGCGGAAACCGAACGAACGGCAGCACCGGGACCUGCUCCGGGACCGGGAGUGGCUCGGUCCAUGUCCCAGCCAUGGAGAGAGCCCGGCCGGUGACGGUGACGGUGUCCGCGGUGAGCCUCGCGCUCAGCGUGCUGUCCCUGCUGCUGCUGGUCUCCGCCAUCUCCACCGACCACUGGUACGAAACCGACACCCGCAGGCACAAGGAGAACUGCGACCGACACGGAUCCGACUCCAACGACCAGAAGAACCGGGAGAUGCCCAUCUACCACCUGCCGCUGGUGGACACCGGCAGCGGCGGGGCCAGGCAGCGGGACGUGGCGCUGAUGAAGCCCGUGCAUGUCGGCAGCAGAGAGGAGGAGCUGCUGGAGAACUGGCGGGCCAUCCUGGGGAUGGGCAUCCUGGAGACCGAGUGCGGCAGGCCGCUGUUCUCCACGCACUCCGGCCUGUGGAGGAAGUGCUACUUCAAGGGCCUGGACCCGGACAUCGACAAACUCAUCGACCGGGGUAUCGCAGAUCGCUGCACAGCCGUCAAAUAUCACUUCUCUCAGCCAAUCAGACUGAGGAACAUCCCUCUGAACCUGACCAGGACCAUCCAACAGGACGAGUGGCAUCUGCUGCACCUGCGUCGGAUCACAGCUGGGUUCCUGGGCAUGGCGGCAGCAGUCUUACUGUGUGGAAGCAUCGUGGCGUCCGUUGGGUUCUUCUGGGAGGAGAGUCUGACGCAGCAUGUGUCCGGACUGCUGUUCCUCAUGGCAGGGAUCUUCUGCACCAUCUCUCUGUGCACGUACGCAGCCAGCGUGACCUACGACCUCUCCAGAAACCCUCCCUUCAUCUACGGUCUGCCGGCCGACGUGGACCACGGUUACGGCUGGUCCAUCUGCUGCGCCUGGGCCAGCCUGGGCCUGACCGUGGCCUCCGGCUGCCUCGGUACCACCUUUCCCUUCCUGAGCCAGGCCAGAGCCCUGCGAUCCAAAACCGCCCGUGAGUCCUCCGUCUGAGCCGCCGGCUCC